CAUAUUAUAGAGGAAGAAACGCAGUAGUGUUUAACCGACGGCACAGAAUUGUAAACAUUAGCAGACUGGGCGACUUCUGUGUGUCGUUAGGAUGGAAAUCUAAGGUUAACCUCAAGGUGUGGAACCAGACUUUGUUCUUCAGUGCAUGGAAGCAAAGCCAAUGCGCAGGGCCACCAGCGCACGCCAAGACGCCACUGGAAUGGACAUCACCAGCCGCUGUACUCUGGGGGACCCCAACAAACUUCCUGAAGGGGUCCCCCAGCCUGCACGCAUGCCCUAUGUCUCAGACAAACACCCACGGCAGACCCUGGAGGUGAUCAACCUGUUGAGAAAACACCGUGAGCUCUGUGACGUGGUGCUGGUGGUCGGUGCCAAGAAGAUUUACGCUCAUCGUGUGAUCCUGUCUGCCUGCAGCCCCUACUUCAGGGCAAUGUUUACUGGAGAGCUGGCAGAGAGCAGGCAGACCGAGGUCGUUAUCCGUGACAUUGAUGAGAGAGCCAUGGAGCUGCUCAUUGACUUUGCCUACACCUCACAGGUAACUGUAGAGGAAGGGAACGUCCAGACACUGCUCCCUGCAGCCUGCCUUCUCCAGCUGGCUGAGAUCCAGGAGGCCUGCUGUGAGUUCCUCAAGAGGCAGCUGGAUCCCUCCAAUUGUCUGGGCAUCAGGGCUUUUGCUGACACACACUCGUGCCGCGAGCUGCUCCGCAUUGCAGACAAGUUCACCCAGCACAAUUUUCAGGAGGUGAUGGAAAGUGAAGAGUUCAUGCUGCUGCCCGCUAACCAGCUGAUUGACAUCAUUUCCAGCGAUGAGCUCAACGUGCGGAGCGAGGAGCAGGUUUUCAACGCCGUGAUGGCCUGGGUGAAAUACAGCAUCCAGGAGCGCAGGCCACAGCUGCCCCAGGUCCUGCAGCAUGUCCGGCUGCCGCUGCUCAGUCCCAAGUUUCUGGUGGGCACUGUGGGUUCAGAUCCUCUCAUCAAGAGUGACGAGGAGUGCAGAGACCUGGUUGAUGAAGCUAAGAAUUACCUGCUGCUGCCACAGGAGAGGCCGCUGAUGCAGGGCCCCAGAACACGGCCGAGGAAGCCCAUUCGCUGUGGAGAGGUUCUUUUUGCAGUUGGUGGCUGGUGCAGCGGAGACGCCAUUUCCAGCGUGGAGCGUUACGAUCCUCAGACCAACGAGUGGCGGAUGGUAGCGUCGAUGAGUAAACGGCGAUGUGGAGUCGGCGUUAGCGUUCUGGAUGACCUGCUGUAUGCGGUGGGAGGUCACGAUGGCUCAUCGUAUCUAAACUCUGUGGAGAGAUAUGAUCCUAAGACCAACCAGUGGAGCAGUGAUGUGGCUCCUACAAGCACUUGCCGUACCAGUGUGGGCGUGGCUGUCCUUGGCGGUUAUCUGUAUGCUGUAGGAGGACAGGAUGGCGUUUCCUGUCUAAACAUUGUGGAAAGAUAUGAUCCCAAGGAGAACAAAUGGACCCGUGUGGCCUCCAUGAGCACCAGGCGGCUGGGUGUAGCUGUGGCUGUGCUGGGGGGAUUUCUGUAUGCUGUGGGAGGGUCUGAUGGGACGUCACCAUUAAAUACAGUGGAACGCUACAACCCUCAAGAGAACCGCUGGCACACUGUAUCUCCAAUGGGGACCAGGAGGAAGCACCUUGGCUGUGCUGUCUACCAGGACAUGAUUUACUCUGUUGGAGGGAGAGACGACACCACAGAGCUGAGCAGUGCAGAGCGAUACAACCCCAGGACCAACCAGUGGUCUCCUGUAGUGGCCAUGACAUCCAGACGGAGCGGGGUGGGCUUGGCUGUGGUCAAUGGUCAGCUGAUGGCAGUAGGAGGCUUUGAUGGGACGACGUAUCUCAAAACUAUAGAAGUCUACGACCCUGAUGCCAACACAUGGAGGUUAUACGGAGGAAUGAACUACCGCCGGCUAGGUGGAGGGGUGGGUGUCAUAAAAAUGACUCAUUGUGAAUCCCACAUAUGGUAACACCGCCCCACUCCUCACCCCCCACCACCCCCACUCACACACUCACUUCUCAUCACGUUGCAAUGGAUGCCUCUUUUCACCGAUUCUCGUGCCUCCAAAAGAGACGCUGUCAAGUCGUGCGAAGAUGAGAGAGACGUGGGGGUGGGGGGGUAUGAGACGGAGAGAGGAACAAACCUUUGAACUGUAGGUCACCCCCACCUCCACUCUAAGGUGAUUAACUUUGGUUUGUCUUCGAUUGACCACGGUCACCGCGAAGUGCACUGAGAGCAGAAGUCUACCAAGUACCAUUAAGCUUCCAGUUAGGAGAGGACGGUCCUUCUCCUGUGACCUCUCCGAGUUUUCAUCCUCCAGACUUCCCGGCCUGGGACAGUUGAAUGGAUCGGAACUAAACUUGACUGAGUUUUGCUGUUAGGGGGAGAUUAUUUAACGUUUCAGAGGUUUAAGAAGCGCAAAAGCACCAGGUCACUGGAAGAGGACUUUUUCGGUCUUUCCAGCUGUGAGAGCCUCCAUCACCUUCCCCUUGUCUUCAAAUGCCACCCCCCCCCAAAUUCUGGCUAGUGACAGCUGCCCUGGGUGAGUGAAGAGACAGCAAUCAGACCAGAGAACCUUUUCUUUAUCGUGUGAGGUUGACUUUAUGAAGACACUACAUCGCAUACUGACUGCUCACUCAUUCUGUCUCAACUCGGCUUUAGGCUUUGAAGCAUACAUCUCAGCUGUGGCUGCUGUGUCUCUGGGCCUGAAUGUGUAGCAUUAAGUAGUAGAACAUUUGUCAGGUAGUUUUCCUUCUGCAGUUAAGCUGUUACUUGGAUGCCCAGAAAAAACAAACCCAUCUUUUUGCCACCAGGGGAAAUUAUUAGCAGGAGAAAGGUAUGUAUGAGGAAGGCACUGUUCACUCAUCAUUUUCUCCCAAACUCACUGUUACUCGAUGGGACUGCUGCACUUUACAGGAGGCUACUGUGGCUGUUUGUUACCUUGGAUGUUGCAGGAUUUCAGUUCAGAUGGUCACAGUGUUGCUAAAGGAAUAUACCAUGUGGCCUGUUCGGCAACAUAAUCCUGAGGUGGAAAGAACCUGUUGGCUCCAGUGCUGAAAAGGCCUCAGUAUGCUUAAACAAACCAGGUCGGCUCAACUGUGUCAAGUGUGUUUCUACCUUCUGAAAAUGGCAGCACUCAAAGGCCUGCUGUCAUAGCCUCGGCCUGGCUGAAUCACGCUGCAGUGUCCACACAGUAAUCUAAGUGUAUAACUGUGUAUGACAGUUCACAUUUCUCCUCAAAGAAAGCAUGGAGUUGCAUUCGGUUCCAUGCUUUCACAGUGUUGUUUGCGGGGAAAAGAAAAGGAAAGCUUUAAAGUUCAAACCGACUACAAGUGACUGUACAGUCACUGUGUAAAGUGUGUGUGCUUGUCACUUUGUUUCAGAAAGGUACAAAAACUGUCCCCUGGAUUCUGCCAUUGGAAAGAGUGGAUGGGACCAUGUAGGACAAUCUGACAAACAGUCUGUGUGAAGCAUACUGAGGUCUUAACAGUGUCAUACAUUGUGUUUGAUUGUAUAUUGCCAGUGUAACCUCAGACGUGGAAAAAGUGGGAACUUCACAGGAUAAACAAAUCCCAUGAAAAGACUAAAACCAACAAGGUGUUAAUCUGUCCAUCAGUGCUUUCCAACUUUCCAGCCUGUCUGUGGAACUUAAUCCCAAAUCCAUUAAUUCAUCUUGAAGAUGUUCAUUUUUAAAACAGGUCACUUAUAUAUUAAAAAAAAAAAGGUUCAGCAAUUUUCCAUUUAAUUCUGUAGUUUUAGGCAAACAUUACUCAUUGAGUCAAAGCAAACUACAGUGUGUGUGUGUGUUCAUGGUAAUGGAGGAACAUGUAAACCAGUACAACAGUGUGGCUCAUGGAUGUGUUUUUAAUAGGACACCAGUGGAGUUGGCCAGUGUAUGGCACAUGGAUACAUCAGGUUUUGGACACACACACACACACAGUGCUUGUUAGUGGGAUACAUUAAUUGUUGGUUUUGGACUUUGUUGAUAGGAAGAAAAACACAUAAUAUAACCAGACUAAAGAAAUACUAGAUCACUCUCCCUGUUUCCAUUCAGAAGUGGGAGACCUGCAGCCUCGGUCGUGAAAUCACUCACAGUUGUUGAUGUGUUUGUGUUGUAUAUGAGCCUGAGGAACAAUGAAUACUGGAGCCAGUGAUCUGCUGUGGACACAGAUGAGUGUAGUGUCUCUGUGGAGAAAGGGGCUGCUUAAGCCCAUAAUGCAAGAAGUAAGUUCAGAGUCACAUUAAAUUUUUUUAUGAUCUUGUAAAUAUUUUAUGUCACAAGUGAACCAGUUUUUUUUUUUUUUUUUUCUACCCAGACAGCCAUUGAAGAUGCUGAUCACCUCUGGGUGACAUGGAAAGCACCAAUGGUCAAAGUUCAGUUUAGAACUGUUAAUAGAAGGCUGUUAGUUUCCAAGUCACUUAUUUCUCAGUCAUUUAUUAAUACAUUGGCUAGGGACGCAUUAUAUAGUCAGAUGAUGUUUCAUAAUUCAGUAAUUUUGGAACAUACACGAUUUGAAGAUUUCAGUUUUCUUACUAAGUUCCACAGUGGCCUUUGUAACAAAAAAAUUAGGGAGCUGAUAAACCCAGAAUUUAAACCCAGUUUAUGGAACUGGACACAUCACAUUUGUAACGUCAAAAUCUGGCUCCUCAGAUCAUUGGAAAGAAAAAUAACAUAUCCAUCCCACAUUAAGAUAAUUCUUAAAUGUUUAUGCAUUAAUAACAGCUUCUUCUGUAGUAGUUAGUGGUGAGAUAUUAUUUGUUUUUGUUCACACGGCCAUGGGGUUUUGAGACACAGGUCCUUUUUUGUUCUGCAUUCACAGGUUCCUAUAGUUUUGUUUGCGGAUCUCCUCAUAUGCAGCACAGUGUAACAGCACCCCCUGCUGGAGGACAGUUACAGUGCAGCACUGAUAUGGAUGAUACAGAGAUCCCCAUGCUGUUUUCUUUCUGGUCUCUGGUUGUAUAACUGAUGGUGAAUUGGUUUUGAUGAACCCUCUCAUAAUUUAUUGCACUGUGAUUGGAAAUGUAUUUUAGAUUUUAUCUUUUUGUCUUAAUUGUGUUUUAUAUGGGUGUUCGACUUUCCAGGUAUGGGGGGGGGGGGGGGGGGGGGGUCGAAAAGCAUCAUAGAUCAACAUUUGGAAUCAGACAUUUCAGGCGUCACGCUGAUGAUGGCUUUUGAUGCUGUGCACAGGUGAAUUUGUUCCAUAGAUGCAACAUGUGUUUUGACUUGCGUUGUCUCACACACUUUGUCACAGUUCUGCUCUUUAAAUUGUGUGGAACAAAUGCAUUGCUGCAGGUGACGGCACACAGGCUGUUGUUAUGCAUUAAGUUAGCCACAUUUUCAUAGGCGAGCAGGUUCUAACCUGAAUACUAGUGUUAAUGUUCAGUAACUUGGCAAAUCCUGAUUCUGUUGGGUUUGGUUCUCUCAGCUUGUGGGAGGAGGGAAUGGGGGGGGGGGGGGGGGGGGGUCGAGUCACAGGACCACUGUUAGGCUGAUAAUGUAUUUGCUGUAUGCAAAUCUUCAUGCUGAAAAUGUUUAUGCUUCGGGAUGUUUUACAGCCACACGUGUUGUUGACUGCUUCGUGGGAUUUACUAAGAUUCAGACACUGGUGCAACACAUUUUACACACACACACAUAUUGAUUGUAAUAAAUGUGCAGUGUCCAUCAAAUCGAAAGAAAUAUUCACCCUUUGCAUUAUGCAGUCUGGCCAACUGUGUGUGCCUCUGCCUGAGUAUAUGUUGCUCUUUUUCACUGCCACAGAAUUACGAGUUCAUCCCGCUCAAGUUAGGAGACAUGUACCUGAUACUGCUUUGGUCCUGGGGCAGCCUGGUUAGUGUCCAGUGUUUUCAACUUUGUGACUACUUUUCUCAGAGACAGUAACUUGCCCAGCUGCUCUCAUUUUACCUGAUAUGAUACUUUUUCCUCAACAUCUUCGAUUCUUGUCUUAAUUUUCUUACAGCAACUCUAGUAAUACAUUUUUUAAGUCAACAAAUAUUGAUCAGGCUGCCUUAGACCAAAGCAGUAAUUGGCUCCCGCACUGAGUGAGAUUCCCUUUAAUCACGUCAGCUACUAACGAUGCAUUGUGACUGUGAUGAACCAAAAUCAACCAGCCUUCAGUCAAUAGCCCGUGUUUAAGUAAGUAUCUUGUUUUGAGUAGCCUCUGUGCAGUCUGUCCAACACGUGACCCAGACAUGGUUGUGAUCUCUGGUGUUUGUUUUUCAUGAAUCAAGCAGCCACCUCUUCUCUGUGAUCACUACAGCAGCUCUGAACCAUGUUCACUCCGACAAGGAUUAAACUCUUUUUUUUCCCUGGAA